AUGGCUAUGGCUGAACUACUUGUGCUUAUGGAUCCUGAUCAUUUCGCACCUGAUCCGUUACAGGAUGAACAAGUCGUUUCGCCAGUUGCACCACAGCUAAAACACGUGUAUGGUUCGCUAGAGGUGGCACCAGUACCCCCACACCCUCCACACCUCUCCUUACCAGUUCCACCGCAGGACGUGCACUUCGCCAUAAUAGGUGCUUUGAUCUCAUUUGUUACCUUGAGAUCUAGUUUCGUGCUAUAUGAAGCUGAAGAUGAAGGUUUCGAUUGA